CAUGCCAAUAGCACCUGCAACACUGGCAAGAUGGAUCCCAAGGACAUGAUGUGGCCACGGACAGUGAGUGACAGCCAACUCAAGGAUGAAGGUGGUGAUUAAUCUUCCCAGAACUGAGUCUUCAUUUGAAGACUUCACCCAGGGAAGAUCCAGGGACAUCAAGCCGCACGUUGGCGGUAGGGGCUCGUAUUUGCACAUGGCCUUAAAUAAAGAGGAACAUGCUUUGGAUGAAGAUGGCGCCAAAGGCGACGCAGCUCCACCCACCCUGAAGAAACCGCGGCGGAAGGUAUCUUUCAUGGACGUAGACCCCAUGAAAGGAGAUGAGCCUCCUAGGACCAUCGUCCCUGGUUGUGAGCAGGUGAACAAAGCCAAUAAGGUGCAGCAACUGGCAAAGCCACAGACUCGGCAUCUCCCGGAUGGACCACUCCGUAACGUACCGCCAAACAUUGCCGGCUGUGACAAGCCGACGGAUCCGAACCAACUUCUCAAUGUCCAGCGCCUCCAGUUGGGAUCAAGGCGAGAAGCGAAUGGGAACCUCAAUCCUGUCCCCCUGUCUAAACCAGUCAGGGUUGGGAGUCAAGCAUCGUGGCAGUGGGACCUGCAUCAACCCCGCGACCCUUUUAUGAGGAAGAUACCCAAUGUCACUGUGAAGUGGGUGAGCGCAUCGUGUUACCCCCGGCAACCACUGCUCAUCCCGCAGCAGCUGGCCAGCCCACUGUACCCACGCUACGCCAUGGGGCAACAGAUUCACGCCUACUAUCCUCGUGCGCCACUGAUGUACAACCUGGUCCCAAUCGAGCAGCUGCCGAUGCAGCCUCCUGUCCCUCACACCAUGGGGCAGCGCUUGCCACGGAUCUGGAACAGAGCAGGAGCACCACUGAGACCAUGUGCCUACCCCAUGGACAGGCCCCCAUCCAUCAUGAGCUGUCCUGGCUACAUGAACACGGGGCCAAGCAGUGAGGAUCGACCAGACAUGGAAACAUCCACAACCUUCUUGUAAAUCCCAGCACACUGACUGACUGACAUGCCUGAGGACCUUAAUCCAGGAAC